GGUUAUUUCAAGUAAGUUCCUCCGGGUCGCCCUCUGAUAGUUUAACAGUGCAUGGAUGGGAGUGGUGAGCCAAGCCCUGAACCUCACCAAAUUUAUGUCCAGCUUAGUCCAAACCACAUUCAGCAGGAGGCUUUGUUCUUCACAGCAAAAAAUGGCAAUAAGACACACAAAUGCUAAAAGAAUUGAGGGACUGGACAAAAAUGUGUGGGUGGCUUUUUCUUCAGUGGCAGCAGACCCCUCUAUAGUGAACUUGGGACAGGGACUUCCAGACCUGCCCCCUCCUUCCUAUGUCAAAGAGGCUCUGGCCAAAGCAUCCACUGAGGACCGACUCAACCAGUACACCAGAGGAUUUGGCCAUCCUCCUCUGGUGAAGGCCCUCUCUAAGUUGUAUGGGAAAGUCUGUGGGAGAGCUAUAGAUCCUUUCAAAGACAUCCUGGUCACUGUGGGGGGCUACGGUUCCUUAUUCUGUACGAUACAGGGUCUGGUGGAUGAGGGAGAUGAGGUCAUUAUAAUAGAACCUUUCUUUGACUGCUAUGAGCCAAUGAUCAGGAUGGCAGGUGCUAAGCCUGUCCUGAUACCACUGCGUCUUAAACCUGGAAAGAAGAGCAACACUAGUGCUGACUGGUAUCUGGAUCCUGAGGAGCUUUCUAGUAAAUUUAACUCAAAGACAAAGGCCAUUAUAAUAAACACGCCCAACAAUCCCACUGGGAAGGUGUUCACCAGAGAGGAGCUGCAGAUAAUCGCUGACCUCUGUAUCAAACAUGACACACUGUGCUUCAGUGAUGAGGUUUAUGAGUGGCUCAUCUACAAAGGACACCAGCACAUCAAAAUUGCCACAUUACCAGGGAUGUGGGAAAGAACCAUAACUGUUGGCAGUGCUGGGAAAACGUUUAGCGUCACAGGGUGGAAGCUUGGUUGGUCCAUUGGCCCGGAGCACUUGGUCAAACACCUGCAGACUGUGAUGCAGAACUCAUUGUACACCUGUCCUACUCCUCUACAGGAGGCUGUGGCUCAGGGUCUGCUGAGAGACUGUGCUCUGAUGGGGCAGCCUGACUGUUACUUCAGCUCUCUGGCAGAGGAGCUCCAGCACAAGAGGGACCGCAUGGCGUCCAUUCUACAGGCUGCAGGGCUGACUCCAGUCCUGCCAGAAGGCGGGUACUUCAUGCUUGUGGAUGUCUCUCCUCUCAACGUGGACCUAUCUCAUAUGGAGAAUGAAGCUUACGACUACAAAUUUGUGAAAUGGAUGAUCAAAGAAAAGAAACUGGCAGCAAUACCAGUAACAGCAUUUGUGGGGAACGAAUCGAAAAAAGAUUUUGAGAAAUACAUUCGUCUCUGCUUUAUUAAGCACGACAGCACUAUAGAUGCUGCAGAAGUCAUUCUCAAAAACUGGAACAAAACACACUCCUGAAGACAAACUCUUCUAAACUUGACACAAGCUGUGAAGACUUAAUAUAAUGCACAAACUAGACAUAACUUUUAUUCUGAGCGUGAUGGAAGUGGAGAGGUUUGGUAAAGACUAGGGAUGUAAUGAGCCGAUACUGGUAUUGGAUAUUGAUGCCAAUAUUGAAUAAUUUGCUGGAGUCAAAAGUUCAUUCAAUUUUUUGUGUUUUGUUUUAUUUUGAUUUAAAUAUAAUAUAUAUUCUUAUAUUCAAUGCCCUCUGUACAUACACUCACCUAAACGAUUAUUAGGAACACCUGUUCAUUUUCUCCUUAAUGCAAUUAUGUAAUCAACCAAUCACAUGGCAGUUGCUUCAGUGCAUUUAGGGGUGUGGUCCUUGUCAAGACAAUCUCCUGAACUCCAAACUGAAUGUCAGAAUGGGAAAGAAAGGUAAUUUAAGCAAUUUUGAGCGUGGCAUGGUUGUUGGUGCCAGACGGGCCGGUCUGAGUAUUUCACAAUCUACUCAGUUACUGGGAUUUUCGCGCACAACCAUUUCUAGGGUUUACAAAGAAUGGUGUGAAAAGGGAAAAACAUCCAGUAUGCGGCAGUCCUGUGGGCGAAAAUGCCUUGUUGAUGCUAGAGGUCAGGGGAGAAUGGGCCGAGUGAUUCAAGCUGAUAGAGGAGCAAUGUUGACUGAAAUAACCUCUCGUUACAACCGAGGAAUGCAGCAAAGCAUUUGUGAAGCCACAACACGCACAACCUUGAGGCUACAACAGCAGAAGACCCCACUGGGUACCACUCAUCUCCACUACAGAUAGGAAAAAGAGGCUACAAUUUGUACGAGCUCACCAAAAUUGGACAGUUGAAGACUGGAAAAAUGUUACCUGGUCUGAUGAGUCUCGAUUUCUGUUGAGACAUUCAAAUGGUAGAGUCAGAAUUUGGUGUAAACAGAAUGAGAACAUGGAUCCAUCAUGCCUUGUUACCACUGUGCAGGCUGGUGGUGGUGGUGUAAUGGUGUGGGGGAUGUUUUCUUGGCACACUUUAGGUCCCUUAGUGCCAAUUGGGCAUCAUUUAAAUGCCACAGGCUACCUGAACAUUGUUUCUGACCAUGUCCAUCCCUUCAUGACCACCAUGUACCCAUCCUCUGAUGGCUACUUCCAGCAGGAUAAUGCACCAUGUCAUAAAGCUUGAAUCAUUUCAGAUUGGUUUCUUGAACAUGACAAUGAGUUCACUGUACUACAAUGGCCCCCACAGUCACCAGAUCUUAACCCAAUAGAGCAUCUUUGGGAUGUGGUGGAACGGGAGCUUCGUGCCCUGGAUGUGCAUCCCACAAAUCUCCAUCAACUGCAAGAUGCUCCUAUCAAUAUGGGCCAACAUUUCUAAAGAAUGAAUCAGCACCUUGUUGAAUCAAUGCCACGUAGAAUUAAGGCAGUUCUGAAGGCGAAAGGGGGUUAAACACCGUAUUAGUAUGGUGUUCCUAAUAAUCCUUCUGGUGAGUGUAUAUAAAAUGUAGAAAGUAUUUUAAAAAAUCUGAAGUAAGAGGGUGUGUCCAAAAUGUUUAAACACUACUAUUCAAACAUACUAGACACACACACUCAUUCAACGUUUUUUUUGUUUUGUUCAUUUUUACUUCUUUCUGUAUUUUAGGCACAUAUGGAAGACAUCAAAUGUAUGAAGAUAUUUAGAGGUUUUCAAAGUAUUGACCAUUUUCUAUUUGCUGUUUAAUUGUCAAGAUUAUUAAAAAAUAUUGUCUUAUUUA